AUGAGUGGAAUUGGAGAGGGUUCAAAGAAAGCUAAAUUGCCAAACUUUUCUACUGAGGAAGAUGUUGCUCUAUGCCAUGCAUACCUAGCAAUUAGUGAAGAUCCAAUUAUUGGAAACUCCCAACAAGCUAAUGCAUUUUGGGCUGGGAUUCAUAAACAAUUCUUUGAAUUGUGCCUCUCCAAUCGAACUUCUAACAGCCUCAAAUGCCGAUGGAAUUUCAUUCGGCCACGAUUUUUGAAGAAUGCAAUCAAGUGGUCAACCUUAGAUGUUGAUAUGUCCCCACCGGCCACUAUGUCUCCAAACCUUGAUGUUAACUUAGAUUCUAUUAACUUAGAUUAUGAUGAGCAGGGUGAGAGUGUUCCAGAGACCCAAUACACUAGUGAAAUCCCAAGGCCAAAAAAGAGGGCAACAGGAAGGAAGGCUGCUAAAAUUGCCAAAAACAAAAAGGCACUGCAUAUAGUGAAAUCAGUGUCAAAUACAACUCUGCACUCUCAUUGUUCAAUGCAAGACGUGAAACAAUGGAUGAGUAUAAAGUCAUGUUGGUAG